UCCCAAGGCGGUUUACAGCAGAAUUUAAAAACAAGAUUGUAAAAAUGACACAAUUAAAAUAUUAAGCUAAAAAUAUAAACACAGUUGGAGUUCUGAGUAAACAAACUGUGCUGUUGUGAUGAUGUAAGCUUUUUUGAACUAGAGUCAAUUUCGUCAGAAAUGCUUGAAGUGUUACAGCAUUUUCAAUUGGCAGAUAUCUGUCUAGUUAUAGCAGCUGAGCCCAAAACAUACAUCUGACAAAGUGGGCACUUGUGCCACAAUAACAAAGCGACCCUACUGACACUUAAUGACUGUACAACUCAGUGUUCACAGGACUGCUAGUUUGCCAGUCUUUAAGAUGCCACAAAGCUCUUUGUUUUUGUGAAUUGGGUGAGCCUAGGGUCCUCCUGGUAUGAGUUCCCAGUGGCUAAACAGCUAAUGUAGUUUUGUGGGCUAUUUGGGCAUGCAGGACAAAAGGAGUUGGUGAUCAUGUCAAGCAGUCACAGGGUGCAGUUAGUGGACUGGAAAUGGUGAUAGGGCUGAGAGAGACUUUCCUGCAACCUUGGAGAAGCUGCUGCCAGUCUGUGUAGACAGUACUGAGCUAGAUGGACCAAUGGUCUGACUCAGUAUAUGGCAGCUUCCUAUGUUGAGGCAGACACAAAGCACCAGACCCACCUUGAUCAACCAUUGUCUUAAGACAUUGCAGUGAUGACUAUGGAAGGCAGCGGCAGAAUUGAGUGUAUCUUUUUCAGUGAAUUCCACCCAACACUUGGUCCUAAAAUAACAUACCAGGUACCGGAAGAUUUCAUUUCCCGAGAGCUCUUUGAUACAGUUCAGGUAUACAUCAUCACUAAACCUGAACUGCAAAACAAGCUUAUCACAGUUACUGCUAUGGGGAAAAAGCUAAUUGGCUGCCCAGUUUGUAUUGAGCACAAGAAAUACAGCCGGAAUGCUCUGCUCUUCAACCUUGGCUUUGUUUGUGAUGCUAGAGCAAAGACCUGUGCACUGGAACCUAUUGUGAAGAAACUGGCAGGUUAUCUCACCACUCUGGAGCUUGAGAGUGGCUUCAUCUCCAAUGAUGACAGCAAGCAAAAGUUGAUACCAAUCAUGACCAUUCUACUCGAGGAACUGAAUGCCACUGGCAAAUGCACUCUGCCUAUAGAUGAAUCAAAUACCAUUCACCUGAAAGUGAUUGAACAGCGCCCAGAUCCCCCCAUUGUGCAGGAAUAUGAUGUUCCUGUCUUCACCCAAGACAAAGAUGACUUCUUCAAUUCCCAGUGGGAUCUCACCACUCAGCAGAUCCUGCCAUACAUUGAUGGAUUUCGCCAUGUUCAGAAAAUCUCUGCUGAAGCAGACGUGGAGCUCAACCUGGUUCGAAUUGCCAUCCAAAACCUCUUAUACUAUGGAGUAGUGACUCUUGUUUCCAUACUUCAGUACUCGAACGUAUAUUGCACCACACCUAAAGUCCAGGACCUGGUGGAUGACAAGUGUCUCCAAGAAGAAUGUCUCUCAUAUGUCACAAAACCAGGUCACAAACGAGCCAGCCUGAGAGAUGUUUUCCAGCUGUACUGUGGGCUGAGCCCGGGCACAACUGUACGGGACCUCAUUUGCCGCUAUACCCUCCAACUCCAGAGAGUAGAUGAAAGGAAGCUCAUCCAGUUUGGUCUGAUGAAAGGCCUUAUUCGAAGGCUACAAAAGUAUCCUGUAAAAGUAGCCCGGGAUGAAAGAAGUCAUCCAGCACGACUAUACACGGGCUGCCAUAGCUAUGAUGAGAUCUGCUGUAAAACAGGAAUGAGCUACCGGGAGUUGGAUGAGAGGUUGGAGAAUGAUCCAAAUAUAAUUGUUUGCUGGAAAUGAGUCUCUCCAAGAAAGGGGAUUAUUAUCCAUCAUGUUCUAUUAUCUAUUGAUUGGCCUGCCAGAAUCACAAGCAUAGGUUCUGAUGGCAUCAAAGUGGCAUUACAAUCUCCUCUGAGGUCUUUGAAAGCACAUGGCUCAUCCUAUAUGACGUUGAUGAUGCACCUUAUCAGACCAGUGUUGCCUGAAAAGAGUGGAUGAGGUGGACUUGGAUGUCAUUGCAUUGUUUAGUGACAGAUACACACACCCUGAGAUCAUUUUGUUUUCUUUUUAAUGAAAACUACCUUCAGAAGGCUGUAAUGUUGAGUGGCAAUAUGGGUGCCUGUGGGGUUCCAGAUGCUUUUCCAUUUCACCUGUGGGGUUCCAGAUGCAUGGAACUUGGUGGUGGUGGACUUUCAAGGGCAAGUCCACAUCAGAAACCUUGCAGGUGGGAUUUAGUAAUUAUCCACCUCACUGUUCCUCCACUGAAAAUUGUGCCCUCCCAAGGUUGAUUUUUCACUUUUCAAAAACUGCCAUCAAGGCUUCCUUGUACUCAUGUUACACACACACUCCAGUAGUUUGCUCAGAGAGAACAUGCUACCUACCUCUUGCUCUUUCUGCUCUUGUUUUGCUCUUAGGCAUAUGUUCAUUUGCUGUCUGCAGAAUACACCUCUGGGAAGUUUUCCCUUUAAAAGAAAAAGAAAAAAAAAGACUGCAUUCAUGCAUUGCAUUCUCAGUUCUUCAAACUAUGUCUUGGAGGACUGGAUAGAAUCAUAUGCUCCCCUUUCCCACCAGUCCCUCCGUCCAAACCAGGAUUGCAAACCAUGGUUUAUACUGACUUGCAAUCCUGGUUUGGAGAAAUCAAACCACAGUUUGCUGGUUCAGGUGUCAUGAUAAAUUGUGGCCUGAUAAAACCAGGAAGACAUUUAUUAUUAAGAGGAGGAGCAUGCAGGCACAUGGCUCUUUUCUGAUGCUCAAAACAAUGGAGGUUUGGGAAUUUGACACUUGUAUGCAGCCCAAAGUUCAGGAUAGCCUGUCAGGCUCCUCACAGUGUUUGCAAUCCAUACUUUCCUUUAUCUUAACAAAAGGAUUGCAGGCUCUGCUGAAAUAUCUAUUAUGAAUCUAGCAGUACUUGUAAUAAGUAAGCACAUGAUCCCUUUCCUUGGGUAAGGCAAAGGAUUUAAAUGAAAAAUGUACUGUAAUAAAACUGUGGAAAUAAAGGUUGACUAUAACUGUGCUAAA